UUUUACGCCGCGCGUUUGCACAUGACAUAUAUAUCAGAGUUAUAGCAAGAGAGAGAGAGAGAGAGAGACAAAACAAAUUUGCGUAUGCGCGAGUGAAAGAGAGAAAGAGCUCGCGGCGCUACGUGUGCGUUUCGGCCGACUUUCGAGGAAAAAAACGGGGUCGCGAUUACAAGUUCGGUUCGACGCUAGUCGAGAAUGCAGCAUCAGUCGGAGUCGAAGGUUCUAGCAGAGAGUGCGGAACAUCGUCGGUGACCCGCCGCUGCAUUUUUCUGUCCACAGAUACCCAAUUGAUAAAAUCCUUGGUUAUCUGCCCGGCCUCCUCCCCACGUGCUGCUGUGUGUUGCUUAUCAAUUGUGUGCGGCGUUCGAUAACCCGUUGAGGGAGAGGAGAGAGAGAGAAAGAGAGAAAAAGCAACGCCGACUAUUGUGUGCGUGUAAUUCCGAUGCUAAUCGACAAAUUCAGCGAGAGAUUACAGUAAAUAUACGUGUCCGGAGCAUCAAUGCUGAGGGGUCAAAAAAAUGCAGGAGACGUAGUCGAGGCCCUUUCACCUAGUUGGAUGUCCUUAUUUCGACGACUGCUGUGAUGCGUUUUGGUUCUGUUUGAAUUUCGUCGCUGCUUCUUAUUGGUUUUUCUGUGUUGGAAGAGGUAGAAGAGAGGAGCUUAAAUUGACAAGUAUUCGCUGCUGCAAAUGCAUAAAAGCACAAUGAGUACCAUGCAAAAUUCAAAUCUUAUUGCUGCCGCUGUGGGCGCUACCAUUGGGGUCAUCAGUGUGGCCACUGUCUUUAUUUACAAUAGAGUAAUGGAAAGACAGCAACACUCAGCUAUGAACAGUAAUAUAGACAGAGUAAAUCGAAAAGUUGCAGAGCUAAAAGCAGAACUAGAAGAAUUAAGGGCACAGCAAGCAAAUCUACAGAAGAGCAGGAAAAAGCGAUUGGUAAAAAGACAAGUUUACUCAAAUGACAACACUUACACAGGUACAGAAGAUGUAGAUAUAGAUACUUAUUCAACUGCUGGUACUGAUAUAGGAGAUGAAGAAUUCUUUGAUUGUUCAGAUGAUGAACUUGAUAUAGAAAAUGGGACAUCCGAAGGAAUAAUAAGUGAGAAUUCGGAGCUGUUGAGUCUUGACAAGGAUAGUGAAGAUCACACUUUGCAUUCUGUCAUAUAUCACAAACUGAAGACCUUAGUCAAGGAACAUCCAGAUGAUGUAGAGAUUGUAUGGAGGUUUGCUAGAUCAUGCUAUCAUUGUUCUGUUCAGGUUAAUAAUUCUGAAAGACAGAAGGAAUACAUUUUUGAAGGUUGUGACGCCUGUGAACAUUUAUUGCAUAUAAGCCAUGGUAAUUUGUAUAAAUGGUAUGCCAUUCUUGUCGGUGUGAAAAGUAAAUUUUUACCAACAAAGGGCAAAAUCGAAAAUGGUUAUCUCUUCAAGGAAUAUGUAGAGAAAGCCCUUGAGAUAAAUCCACACGAUAGUUUCUUGCAUCAUCUUAUGGGAAGGUUUAAAUUUGAAGUAUCAGAACUUAGUUGGAUAGAAAGAAAAGUUGCAUCAACUUUGUUUGGUGAGGUGCCAAGUGCAACAUACCAGGACGCGAUUCCACACUUCGAGACCGCGGAGAAACUGUCACAAAAACCUCACCAUGAAAAUACGCUUCUGCUAGGUAAAAGCUAUAUAGCCGUAGGUAAAUACCAAGAGGGCGUCUCGUGGCUCAGUCGACUAGAAGAAAUUCCUGUUAACACUGACGAAGAGACCCGGGUUCAAGGUGAAGCGCGGAAGCUCUUAGAGAAAUAUUCUGAAUAUUGUACAUAGUUGUAAUAAUUGACACAUGUCCGUUCAUUCCAUAAGCUGUGAAUACGCAAUUAUUCGUGCUUACAAAGAGCUGGUUUUGAUGGAUAUUAUAUAAAUCAAUGCGAUGGAUUUAAACCAAUUAUGAAACAUAAUUUUUGAGACGGAUAAAGAUAUAUUAUUAGAUAUAAAUAUAUAUGUUUGGAUAAAUUAAAGGUUAUUUCGUCUAUUGUGUCAAAUCAAGAUGAGUUUUAAUGGAAUUCUAUAUACUUACAAUGGCUGUUAACUAGAAGUUUAUAUUUUAUUUCAUGGCAGAACUUAAAAUUUAUAUUUACAACGAAACGAUUUGUUUGGAAAACAGGAGAAGAGGAUCUUAGACAAUAUUUUCGCACGGUAAUAUUAUUAGGGGAGGAAGCUAAAAGUUUGUUGGUGCUGGAGAUUUUACUUCUAUAUAUUUAGCUUGAACGAUUUUCUUAUAGCUACGUACAUUUUUUGACGACAGAAUUUAUAUAAAAAUAGACUAUCGCAUCAAUGGUUAACUAUUUAGCUUGAAAAGGGGGAAUAAUCGUUACAUAUUGUAAAGUCUCGAUCGCAUAGUAUCUUUACAUAAGUCAACCCAUAGAAGCAUGCCAAGAUCAUGCAAGAAUUUCGUCUAAAAGCUUAAAAUCUAUAAGUUUCAUGUUAUAAUGUUUAAGAGCAAUUUUAUAGCGACGAUUUUCGUCGUGCGACUGACAUAUAGGCGUUGAAUUAAAAACACUUUUUUAUUUCUGCAACAUCACACAAGAGUCUAAUUUGUUGAUUGCAUUAUAUACUACAGAACGUAUACGUGUGCAAUUAUCACCAUUAUAUUAAUUACCACCUUUGUCUUCCAAAUAGUAAUCGCCGAUUAUUUCUCGAAAAAAUAUACUUACGAUGUUUAAUAAAUGUUUGUUGAAAUACGCAUAUCCUGUGCAUCUAUAUAACGAGCAAUCGACGUACAUUUUCAAAUAAUUCACAUCGUUUGCAGAUCUACAUAUACAGAGCAUACUUAUUCAAAUUUUGUUAUUACUACGCCUUGAAAGAGUUUUCUAAUAAAAACAUAAUUACGAAUGUAAA